AAAAUUUUUAAAAAUAGUUACAAUUUAAAAAAACAUAAUGUCACGGAGCAUACUGAAAGGAAAUUAACGCCGGAACGGCAACAAUGCAAGCUUUGUGGUACAUGGUAUCGUCAUUUGGCUGGUUUGAAAACGCACAUGAAAAACAUCCAUGAGAAUACAAACGAUGAACAUCGUUGUCAUAUAUGCAGUAAAGUAUCAACUACCGAGAGAGCUCUAAAGCGUCAUAUAUACUUGAAUCAUAAGUGUGUCCGCAAAUUCAAAUGUAGCAUGUGUUUGAAAGCUUUUAAGCGUGGCCAAGAUUUAAGGGUUAAACACAUUUCACUACAUACGGGUGAGGCGUUGUACACUUGCCCUAAUUGUCCAAUGACUUUUGCGUCCAGUGCCAAUUUGUAUAAACAUCGGCAACGUUUGCACAAAAUGGAAUAUGAAGCAGAUCGUCAACAAGCCAUUCCUCCGCAUAUCAUAAAACAAACAAAGACUAGUACAAGCAAAGUUCGCUCUUUUGGUGUAUCUAAUGCUCUUGCAAAUCCGCAGAUAGUAAUAAAUUAG